CAUACGCCGUCCAAACCAAAACAAAAUCCAGAUUUUUUUUUUUCUUGAAGAAAUUAUUUAGUCUUCAUAUUUCAGCCCAAUUUCUUGGUCUGAACAAAAACCCACCCAGAAUUUUCAAAACCGUUUCUUUUGAAUUUCUUCUUUCCCCAGCACAGAACAGCAAAGCUGCUUCCUUUACUGCUCCUCCUUCCAGAAUUAGUUCAAAAUCUGGAAACUUUGGUCAAUGGGUUCAUAAAUUGGGCAAAGAAUCAGUCUCUGGUUCUGUUCCCAUUGAUUCUUGAUCUCACCAAUCUGCAAUUCCAUGGAAUUGUUGCAAAGGUUUCUUGAUUGUUAGCUGCGAAUUUUAGAAGAAAUGAAGUGGAAAUGAUCCGACGAGUAAAUAUCAUCUUCUUCACCAACAUUUUUUAAGCUCAAGAAAAUUGAUCGAAAGCGAGGAUGGUCACCAUUGAUAUGAGCAUGAAUGAGGGCAGUGGAGUUGAGGAAUCUGCUAAAUCUGAUAACACUGCCCUACACAUUUCUUCAUCCCAAAGAGGACUCGUAACCAAUGGAGUUCCACAAAAAAAGUUCGAUGGAGGCUCUCUCGCCGUGCCAAAGAGGCUACAGUUCCUCAACUUUGGGAACUUGUCUUCCCCUUCUGCCAAGUUUCAACAGAUCGCCGAGGAGAGAGAUGAGAUCUCCCGUUCCGUCCCGUCUUCCGGAAGCGUCCGGGAACGCUUGGGCCGUCUCUUCUCGAGGAAAAUCGAUUGGGACUCUUUGCGCAAGAUGUGCAAGGAGUGGGUUAGGAAUCCGAUGAACAUGGCGCUUAUUGUUUGGAUCCUUUGCGUCGCCGUCUCGGGGGCGAUCCUCUUCCUCGUGAUGACCGGGAUGUUGAACCGGGCCGUCCCGGAGAAAUCUCAAAGGGACGUUUGGUUCGAAGUGAACAACCAAAUCCUCAACGCGUUGUUCACUCUCAUGUGUCUCUACAUGCACCCGAAGCGGUUGUACCACUUCGUGCUCCUCAUGCGGUGGAGGCCCAAAGACGUUUCCGGGCUCCGGAGGGCGUAUUGCAAGGACGGGACCUACAAGCCCCACGAGUGGGCCCACAUGAUGGUCGUCGUUUCGCUACUAAAUCUCAAUUGUUUCGCCCAAUACGCUCUUUGCGGGCUCAAUUGGGGGUACAAGAGAUCGCAACGGCCGGCCAUUGGGGUGGGCCUUUGCGUCUCCGUCUCAAUCGGCGCGUCCGCCGUCGCCGGCGUUUACUCGAUGCUUAGCCCGCUCGGGAAAGAGUACGAUCACCCGACUCCCGAGCAGGGGGACGAAGAGUCUCAGCUCCGCAGAAAAUCCUUCGAAAAAAGAUUCUCUUUUGCGAAGGACGACGGGAGGAAUCUAGAGACGGCCCCGCAAUGGAGCGGGGGCAUUUUGGACUUUUGGAACGACCUCUCGACGGCGUACCUCUCGUUGUUGUGCACUUUCUGUGUGUUCGGAUGGAACAUGGAACGGCUAGGGCUAGGGAACAUGUACGUGCACAUAAUGACGUUUCUUCUGUUCUGCAUGGCCCCGUUUUGGAUAUUCAACUUAGCCGCGGUCAACAUUGACAACGACACCGUCCGCGGGGCUCUGGGGUUGGUAGGGGUGUUCCUAUGCGUGUUUGGACUGUUAUACGGCGGGUUUUGGAGGAUCCAGAUGAGGAAGAAAUACAAUUUGCCCGCGUACGGUAAUUCCCCGUUUGGGAAAUUCAAAUGCAGACCGUCGGUCGUUGAUUGUGCGUUGUGGCUCUUCUGUUGUUGGUGUUCUUUGGCUCAAGAAGUUCGGACCGGGAAUUCUUAUGAUAUCGUGGAGGACAAGUUUUACAAGAAACAACGCGGCGGCGAAGGUCAUAUAUCAGGUCCAAGUUCUCCUCCUCCUCCUCCUCCUCAUCCAAACAAGCCCUAUGGAGGCAAGAGUUCCACACCAAGUCCAAGCAGAUUUGCACCCCAGCAUUUAAGUCCAGAUGCAUCUAAUGUGGGGGGAGGUAGGGAUGAUCCUAUGACGCCGCCGCCUCCUAUGACCAUACAAAGAGAAGACGUUUAACGCAACGGUUUUGGGGUUGCGUUUGGCAAUUCGAAUUCAAAAAAAAAGAAGAAAAGAUUUGCCCGACACCGGAGUCGUGCAUUGGAAUCUUGUUUGCCACGGGGGCGGAGAUUUUCACGGUGGAGCCCAUUCUACCAAGGGUCCCGCCGAGCGAGGGUCGGAGCGUAUCAACCUUG